AACUAAAGCUUUACAGCUAUCAAAUGCUUCGUGCGCUGCUCUACCUGCAGGGUACUGAGACUUAUCCCAACUAGCCAUCGGAAUAUGCCAUAGAGACAUAAAACCCCAGAACAUCCUGAUCAAUCUUGAAACCAAUGUCCUUAAAAUUUGUGAUUUUGGCUCUGCUAAAAGGCUUGUAGUAGGUGAACCUAACAUUGCGUACAUUUGUUCUCGCUACUACAGAGCGCCAGAAUUAAUUUUUGGAGCAACCGAUUAUACUACACAAAUCGACAUGUGGUCUAUUGGUUGUGUUAUUGUUGAGAUGGUCAUAUUGGAACCAAUCUUCCCAGGAGAAAGUGCCUAAGACUAACUUUUGUAGAUAAUUAAGAUUCUUGGGACACCAACACCUGAAGUUAUCAAGCAAAUGAAUCCAGCCAAAGCUGAAGUCAAAUUACCAAUGAUUAAAGGGAAUCCUUGGUCCAAAUUAUUGGCUAAGCAUAAACUAGAUCUUUUAUUUUUAGAUCUUAUAACAUAAAUGCUUACGUAAAAUUCAUCCUUCUUAAUAUUUAGUUACUCUCCAAAAGCUAGGAUUCAACCAAUUGAUGCACUUUUGCAUCCAUACUUUGAUGACCUAAGAAAAGAAGAAUUUGCUAAAUCAAAUAUCAAGUCGCCAAAUCUAUUUGACUUUAACAAAUAAGAAUUAAGUGUUAAACCCGAACUAAAUUCUAAAUUAAUCCCAUAAUGGUAUUCUAAGCUAAAUACCUGAUUAAGUUCC